CACAUAAUGUCCGGUUACAUAUUCAUCUUGCUAUUGGCCUUAAGUGCUACAAUUCCAAAAUGUUACGCGUAUUCAUCGUCGAUGGAAAAUAUCGUAACACCGCAAGAAGUAAUAAAUAAUAAUCGAACCAGACUUGUUGGCGGUGAUGGAGCUGUUCCAUUAGGUGUUGCACCAUUCGUUGCUUCGUUGAGAUCAUUGGCUAACGUGCACUUUUGUGGGGCUGCCAUUCUAAACACUCGAUAUGUUGUAACAGCUGCUCAAUGUACUGCCGGUCGUACAGCCGCUAAUAUUAAUGUUGUUGUUGGAACAGUUCAACUAGUACCUAGUGGUGUGACACAUCGUGGUUCUGCUAUUGUAAUGUAUCCUCAUUUUAAUGCAGCCAACUAUGUAAACGACAUUGCCCUUAUAUAUACGGCGACGGUAAUAUCAUUCACAUUAAACAUUCAACCCAUUUCACUACUUCCGUCCAUAAUAUCUGGUGGUGACGUUGUUGUGUAUGGGUGGGGUUUGGUUCGCAGACCAGGUUAUCCAGAGGAAGAUGUAAAUUAUUUACAAUUUUUGAAAGCUAAUGUAGUUACGAACGAACAAUGUCAAUUGGAACAUACACCACAAUAUGCAGCCAUCAUUACUAACAGAAAUCUUUGCGCUCUUGGUGUCAACCCCAACAGUGGUACGUGUUUUGGUGAUGAAGGUGGCCCGCUAGUGUAUGUUAUUGAAGAUCCAAGUGGAUUUACACCACCAAUUUAUCAACUUGCUGGCAUUUCAUCGUGGCAAGUUCCAUGUGGUACGGGUGUACCUGAUGUGUACAUACGAAUUGCUCCUUAUCGCCUAUGGAUUUUGAGUAACAUUCAAUAAAAAAGCGUGCAGUCUGGGAAAAACUUAUUUUGUGAAAUACAUUUUCAAUUUUACUCA